AGAAGGCUGCUCGCCAGCCGCCAUUAAAGCAAUAGAAGAAGAGGAGUCGGCAACACAGCGGAAGUGACGCCCCAGACGCCAUUCAAGCAGUAGCGGAGGAAGCUAACACUUUAAGAACCUAAGUCCGUGUUUUUGUGAUACGAAUACAAUUCUUGGUGCUCCCAACAAGGCAUGGCUGCAGAUUGGCUGGGUAGUUUGGUGUCAAUAAACUGUGGCCCAACAUUGGGAGUUUAUCAGGGAGAGGUGUCGUCAGUGGACCAGUCCUGCCAAACAAUAUCCCUCAGACAACCUUUUCACAAUGGAGUCAAGUGUCCUGUUCCAGAAGUUACAUUCAGUGCCAUUGACAUUAAGGACUUAAAAAUCUUGGAUAUCAGAAAUGGAAAUGCCCAGACCAGCUCAUCAGUGUCCACUAAUUCAAAAAGUAAUCCAGUUGCAGUUCCAAAAGGUGACCUUCGAACUGUAGAUACGGGGAAUUCUCCACAAAGCUUUGCCAAAAGCUAUGGAGACCGCCACCUGGAGGUCCCCAAGGGCUUUAGACGAAGACACAACUCCUGGUCAUCCAGCAGUCGAGGCGCGAACCAAGUCACCCCAAAGAAGAACGGAGUGAAGAACGGUAGCAGUCAGAUGAAGCAAAGGGACGACGAGUGUUUUGGCGACGGGAUAGACGACGGCCUGGACACAGACUUUGAUUUUGAAGGAAACUUGGCCCUUUUCGACAAAGCGGCAGUUUUUUCAGAGAUCGACACGUCAGAGCGUCGCAACGGGGCGAGAUCGCGUGGGACGCCUCAAGAGCAAACGCCCUCACGGUACCGCCAUGAUGAGAACAUUCUGGAGGGCAAACCUGUAGUGUACAGACAGAUCACUGUACCACAGCCAGGGGCCAAAGAAUACUGCACUGACUCUGGACUUGUGGUACCCAGUAUAUCAUACGAUCUGCACAAGCGUCUGCUGUUAGUCGCGGAGCGUCAUGGCCUCACGUUGGAGCGGCGACUUGAAAUGACUGGAGUGUGUGCUAGUCAGAUGGCCCUCACAUUGCUUGGUGGGCCAAACAGGUUCACCCCAAAGAAUUUACACCAGCGUCCCACAGUGGCACUGCUGUGUGGGCCACACGUUCAGGGCGCUCAGGGCAUCAGCUGUGGUCGUCACCUGGCAAACCACGAAGUCGAGGUCGUCCUGUUCCUUCCUAACUUUGUCAAGAUGGUGGACCCAGUCACCUGCGAGCUCACACUCUUCAAUAAGACUGGGGGGAAACAAGUGUCAAAUAUCAAAGAGCUGCCGGACACGCCGGUGGAUCUAAUCAUCGACUGCCUUGACUGCCACGAGAACACAUUCCUGAUGGAUCAGCCUUGGUACAGAGCCGCUGCCGAUUGGGCUAACCAGAACCGUGCACCAGUUCUCAGCUUAGAUCCUCCUGUUAGCGGACAAGGACAGGCAGUGGAGGCCAAGUGGUCCCUCUCCCUGUGCCUGCCCCUUCCCUUAGGGGAGGGGGCCGGCAGUGUCUACCUGUGUGACAUAGGUAUCCCCCGUCAGGUCUUUCAGGAAGUGGGAAUCAACUACCAUUCCCCUUUUGGGUGCAAAUUUGUCAUCCCUCUGCACUCAGCAUAAUUGGAUUGAUGAGUGAACAUUUUGCCGUCCCGGGCUGUGUCAAAGCAUUCUUUUUGAGCUUCAAGUGUUUGGCAGUGGAUCCGGAAAGUAAGUUACUGACAUUUCAACACGUGAAUGAGACCUCUCCUUCGUACUUUAUAAAGGAUCAUGGUUUAAUGCGUUAGUUCUUCACUGCUACUUGCGUUAUAUUGCAAGAGGACACCACACAAGGGGAUUCUUCUUUGAUAACACCGUUAUAAGCUGCAGUAAUGAUGGAGAUAAUGCUAGUAUUGUAUCUACAUAGUAUUUGGAUAAAGAGGUUAUUUAAAAGUACAACCUGAAGGACUUUAUAUAAUGGAGCGUUCAAUAUUGUAGGACAAUCCCAGACUUGAAUGUUGUGACAUGAACGCCAUCAAACAACAGUUAUUUCAUUCAAACAAAAACUAAGGCAGCUAAUGGUGUAUAAUGAUCCUACAACUCUAAAUACAUGACCACAGAAGAGCAGUUUUUGUUGGUGCGUUAGACUGUAAAGGGCUUCAGUGUGCAUAAACUCUUGCUUUUUUCAUUUCUCUUCAGAUUUUUAAAAUAAUGAGUGCCAUUGAGUCACUGUGGCGCUGCCUGACAGGGAAAAACAGAAAGUGGGGAAGAAAGUAUAAGUUGAAAAGCCGUGACUGUUUAUUUUCCAGUUGAUUCACUUUUUUUUUUUUUUAAAUGCAUUCCAACAUGUCGAACACUGGCAGUUUGUCAUUAAAUAGUUAAAUCUCACAAA